GCGCUUGCUCUGAGGGAAAUGGUAGCUGACAACACGGAUUGGUUUGUCAGUGACCAACCAAAUGACUAAUUCCGCAAAAAACAGAAAUCAAAUCGGUUAAUAUAACAGGGGGGCAGCGAUAAGUAGACCUGUGCGAGAGUGAUGUAGCCGACAGCGAAAACAAAGACAUACCUGCCAGUGUUUGUGAAAUAAUGGCUGUAAAGUUACUUGUUUCAGUAGAAGCAGGUUUAAUUGUACACGCAUGUAUUUAAGUUACCAAGGUUUCUCUCAACUUGGAGGAAAAUGGUUUGCCAAACCAAACGGACUCGUUUAACGUGACAUGCGGCCAUAUCAUUUUGUAAAUGCAAAAUAUGUGAGAUCUGCUAAAUUAUGUAACGUUAGAGCCCUGAUGUGAAUUUGCAGUUAAAAUAUCAGAUGUGCAGUUUGUAGGAACGUUAUUACAUUUGCCUAAUGCUCGAUGUAAGCUUUGCUAACACUUGAUGUAAACACGCACUUGGCCUCACGCCCGAUCCGGGAACUUUCGUGUGCAAAGGUGAGGAGGGAAAGAUGGAGCAGUAUACUACAACCAGUGGGGACCAAAUUGUGGUGCAGACUUCUAAUGGGCAGCUCCAACAACAGGCUCAGGGUACCGUAACCGCAGUACAGCUGCAGACAGAAGCACCUGUCGCUACGGCAACGGGCCAGCAAGUACAGACUCUCCAGGUCCAGGGCCAACCCUUGAUGGUGCAGGUGAGUGGCGGGCAGUUGAUUACAUCCACGGGUCAGCCCAUUAUGGUGCAGGCCAUGUCUGGUGCUCAGGGGCAGACCAUCAUGCAGAUGCCCGUUUCUGGCGCUCAGGGCCUUCAACAGAUUCAGUUGGUUCAGCCGGGUCAGAUUCAGUUGCAGGGAGGUCAAACUAUUCAGCUUCAGGGUCAACAAGGUCAGACUCAACAAUUCAUCAUACAGCAGCCUCAGGCAGCCAUCACUGCUGGCCAGAACCAGGGGCAAAUUACAUUACAGGGACAGCAGGUUGCCCAGACAGCCGAUGGACAGACUAUUGUAUACCAGCCUGUGAAUGCUGAUGGCACAGUUUUGCAGCAGGGCAUGAUCACUAUCCCAGCAGGCAGUCUGGCGGGAACUCAGAUCGUCCAGGCAGGGGGGGGCACUAACACUGUCACAACCAACAGCGGUCAGGGAACAGUGACCGUUACUCUGCCAGUAUCUGGCAACAUGGUGAACGCUGGGGGAAUGGUCAUGGUAAGACCUUCUGAUGAGAUGAUGCCAGGCGGUGGCUCUGUGCCCGCUAUACAACGAAUCCCUCUGCCAGGUGCCGAGAUGCUUGAAGAGGAGCCGCUUUAUGUUAAUGCCAAGCAAUACCACCGGAUCCUAAAGAGGCGCCAGGCCAGAGCCAAGCUGGAGGCAGAGGGCAAAAUCCCUAAAGAACGAAGGAAAUACCUUCAUGAGUCACGUCACAAGCACGCCAUGCAGAGAAAGCGCGGCGAUGGGGGGCGGUUCUUCUCGCCUAAAGAGAAAGAAGAAAUGGCCUUGGCCAUGCAGGUGAGAGAGCAGGGCUAUGUCAAGCAAGAAGACCUCCACAAUGCCACUGAACUCAUGAGCUCCCAUUGGCUUAACGAGCACACCCAGUCCCUCGCAUAGACGCUCAUCUCUGCCCUCAUUGAACUCCUUCCUGCUAUGAUUCACUGUUGGUGGCUGCUCUCGCAUGCUCAUGUUUCCUUGGCUGCUUUACUCUGGCUUGUUGGCGUCUUGAGUCGGUGUGUUGUCCCAUUGCUAAAGCAUUGUUCUAAGUGAAACAUUUCUGCCAAAAGAUUCAGUGUCAGGCCUGCUGUGGUCUGUAUAAAUGAUGUGGUAUCUGUUUUUAAUUCUGCAGAAUUUAACAAAAACAAGAGAAGGUCUUGCUCAUCUCAGUCUUUCAGGAUAAAAUGUUCUUUAACAUCUUAUAUUAUUACAAGCUGUAUAGACCACAGCAGGUGGAACAAAUCAUUGUCACAAUGUCCGUAUCAUUUUUGUAUGAAAUCACUGCCUGAAAAUAUUAAAAUGAAUUCAAGGGACAAGUAGUUCAAAAAAUGUUUUUGUUUUAUUUUAUUUUGCUGUCCUUUGGUUAUUGUUCUUAUUGACAAUACUUUUUAGUUUGAUGGAUGAAUGCUUUGUGUUGUCCUUCGCCUUGCUUUUUGUAUGCAUGCAUGUUGUCUCUGUUUUUGGUUCAUGCCUGUCACACAUUGUGAUUUUUAUGGAGAGUUAAAAAUUCUGAUUAAAACCAUACUUUUGUUGCGACUGACUUCCAAAGUUUGGAACCAAAUUAAACUUUUGCUUUACUGUGGAUCAUUUAUUUGUGCAUGUUAUUUUUGUUUAUCAAAUCUUGCCACCUUUUUAUUAAACAUUCGGGAGUUAUUUAUAGAUUAUUUUCUCAUCUGCUAUGUCUGGUAAUGUUAAAUAAUUGUGUGGGUCAAAGUCUGAAUGGCAAAAUGUGAGUGCUUGGUAAAUAUAAACCUUUUCUUACCUUUAA